UUGGCAACAACAAACAAGGUGCCCGAGUUAGACUCAAAGGAGUUGCUCAAGCAUAUAUGCAUUUAGUAACGUUUAAUAUAUCUUAUAUUUUUCACAAACAGACAUAGUUAUGUCAUCGCCAGAAGCAAGUGAUACAGAAGACGAUAUUGGAGACGAAGAGAUGAACGAAGAAAAUGGCGAUACUUCAGAACCUGGGGCAAAGAGAAGAAAAAGUAAAGUUCGAAGCAAAAAGUCAGGACCCAAGAAGAAGGGGAGGACAUUUCUAGCUAUUGAACCUAAACCAGAAUGGCAGUUCUUGAAUACAGAAGAGUCUGAAGAGCCACAUGAGCUGACAGUGACACACGUCAAUCAGACAUGGUCUUUAAAUAAAGGGAAGAACAAUACUGCUUCUAAAGCUGAGGAACAAACAUCUGAAGAAUGGCUUCAGAACCACAGUGUAGAAGAAAGCAAAUUAACAAUGAAAGACCUGGUGGCCAAGGGGAAACCUGGAAAGCCAACAUAUGACAGGACUACUGGAAAGGUGCAGCAACACUUGACUUUUGAUGCCAAAGACAUCAAUGAGUUUGAAUAUAGGUUGCACAUGCAAAUAGAACAUUAUACAAAAAGAAUCAAGUGGAUGCUGAAUGGAAGUAAAAGGAUGUUUGGACUAGUGAAAGGAAACAAGGUGGCAGUGGUGAUUGAUUCCUCAGAUGCCAACUGUGGCUUUGGUCGUCUUUCCAACUUCCAAGAGGCUCUGAUUCACCUGAUAGAUGAGCAGUUGUCAGGCAAACAGAAGCUGUACUUGGUCAAGUUUGGUUCAGACAUGGAGAAAUGCUGGCAACAUGUGAGAGAUAUCAACCACAGGACUCUUGAUGAGGCAAAGGAUUUUGUUGCAAACCUGAGACCAAGUGGAGGCUGUAACUUACUGAAGGCCAUGAAGCACAUCUAUAGACUGCAGGAUAUCAACCAGAUAGUACUGAUACUGGGCAGUGUACCUGAUCAGAGUUCUGAGGUGCUGACAGAUUAUAUACUUCAGAUGGGGGUAGGAAAACAUGAGCCUCUUCACACUGUGGCAUUUGACUGCAGCAACCACCUCACUAAUCUGACAUUAAAGACCCUAGCAGCUGAAUCUCGUGGGAGAUAUCACUGUUACACAUCUACUUCAGAGGAACAGAUCUACACUGGCUCAGAUAUCAGCUUACUGCUGAAGGAGAUCAAGAAUGCCCAGGAUGUAAUUAACAAGAUUAAAGAGAUGAGGAAGGGAAUGAUGGGAGAUGCACUGGUCAGCAUUGAGAAUGAGAUAUCAAUGGAGGUGACCCAGGUCCCCCAGUCCCAGUUUCUGCCCCGCCCCCCAGGGCACAGUAACCCCCUGAGGAUAGAGAUGCCAAAGUUCCUGGCUAAAACAUCAGAGGAAUGGCUCAAACAAAAUGGCUUGAAAGCCAAACAUCUAGAUCUGUAUCAAGUUCUGUCUCCAAAUGCAUACUCCUUCAAGGAGGAGUUCAUCCCAGUGAUAAGAAAAACAGUGCAAUCCCAGGUUCAUGAGAAAGCCAUGGCACAGUUUCACUGGCAGGACGGCACGGUCAGAAAUGUCCAUGUGGACCUCACCCAGAUGUUUGAGUACCAGAAACACCUAGGAAGCACUGUCAAAGUGUUUGAGAAGAGAAUUGAAUGGCUGUCCUCUGGCAGUAGGAAAAUAUUUGGGAGCAUUGUGGAGAAGAAUGUGGUUCUGCUCAUUGAUCUGUCACUACCCAAUGCCAACUACUUAAUUCACAUCCAGCACUCAUUGAGACUGCUUCUGGAGCAACAGAUAUCUAACAGGGAAUACUUCAACAUUAUAGGUUUCACUAGUCGUGCUGAAAUGUGGAGGCCCACAAUGGUAAAACCUACACCUGAGAACCUGCAGAGUGCAUGGAGGUGGGUUCUUGGUCUGCAGUGUGGGGGAAGCAGAAACUUCUUGGAGGCCUACAGAAUGACAGUGGAGAAUGAAGAGGAACUGAAACACCACAUUGAGGUGGAAGGUGUUUACCUGUUCACCAGUGGUGUUCCUGAUCAACCUCAUGACGUUUGUGCUCAGUAUGUGGAGGAAUCGUGUUCAGGGCGCGGAAUCAAGCUCCACACCGCCCUGUUUAAUGUGGAUGACUACGACAGUGCUGGUGCUAUCCCUGGUCGCUAUGCAAACAUUACCAAGACAGCAGAGAGCCUGAGAAAUUUGGCUCACAGCACAGGCGGCAGGUUUCAUUGGUUUAGAGAGACAGGUGUAAUAGAAAGUGAUGAUGUUCAAGAAAUUCUGGCAGAAAUCGACAGAGCAAUAAACUUCUCCCAGAAAUGUGCAAUGUUAGUGGAGUCUGUAAAGAAGAAAUAUAAAGCAAAAGAGUUGGAGUAUUAUGAAGAACAACUGCAGGCACUGCCCUCUAGUGUCACUCCAUCCAAGAACAAGAACACCCUCCCGCCUCCCAAGAUGAACGCUCUCUCCUUGGCUAGACUGAAAAUAUCUGAGAGCCAAGAUGAGUCUGUCCCCAAAGCACUCACCUGGAGGCCCUCAAGUGCCAAAGACAGCAUAGCACCCAGUCCACCAAAAGGAAACAGACCAACAUCUGCCAAGGAUCCCAUGAUGAAAGUGAAGUCCACAUAUAAGAAGACAACCACACAGCAGUUUUACACAGAUGAUAAGAAUGGCAUAGGUGUUGUAUUCAAAAGAUACCCUAACAUGAAGUCUGUGAGAAAGGAGAUCAAACUAGCAAUGAUACCGGAAAAGGAAGAAAUUAUGACAACAAAAGAAUGGUUGAGGCUGUAUGGACUGUCUAAAUUAAAGCUGGACCUGACUAAGCUGGUGGGAAGUCAAGACUGCAGACACGUUCAGGGAGAAGUCAGGACUCUUAACAAGAUUGUUCCUGCAAAGUACUGUGACAUCUUUCCCCAUGUGAACAUAGGGGGUACUAUCAAGCACCUGCAGCUGUUACCCCAUGAGAUCCUGGAGUACCAGGAGAUGCUAGAGAAGGUGCUAAGGAGGUACCUGAAGAGACUGCAGUUUUUGCUCAGUGGCAGCCGUCGCGUGUUUGGAGUGAUCUGUCACAAGAGGGUGGCCAUCUUGAUUGACACGUCUGGUUCUAUGGACCAACAUAUGGAGGAACUGAGGAAGGAGCUGGCAUCUCUGAUAUGGGAUCAGUUGUAUAAACUGGGGGCAAAAUUCAACUUAAUUCGUUUCUCUCACACCUGUGAGAAGUGGGAAGAGAAGAUGGUGGACGCCACAGAGUCCGCCUGUCAUGACGCAAUACGCUGGGUGUCUAAACUGGUGGCUUCUGGGAACACAUGCACCCUGGAUGCUCUGGACAGAGCAUUUGAGGAUGAAGAUUUGGAGGCAAUCUACCUGCUGACAGACGGCAAACCUGACCACAGCACCUCCAUGGUGCUGAGAGAGGUGGCGAAGAUGAACACGGACAGACACGUGGCCGUAAACACCAUCUCCUUCAACUGUACUGACAGCACUGCCAACAACUUCUUGAAGAUGCUCGCCGCAGAGACCAGUGGCAGAUACCACCGAGUGCACAGUGACUUUGACGCUCACAGGUUUGCCCACAAGUUGCUGACAGAAGGAUUCAAAGAGGCAGAGUACCCUCACCUGCCAGAGUUUGAUGGAGAUGAUUUGAGAAGAUUAGGGACAGAGAUUGCCCAGGCUCGAAGGUUUUUGACACAGGCGCGCUCCUUCAUGGAACUGUUCAAGGACCACCAAACAAGACCACAUGACAGAAGCAGGACGUCAACCACCACUACGCAGCCAGUCAUCAAUGGAGGCUGGGUCAAUGGUGCAGGUUCCUCUCCCAAGCUCUCCUCUACAAUGACUCCAACCAGACCCAAGUCUGCAGUGCAAUAGGAUUCACAGGACACCAGAUGGCAGUACCACACCAAGACAAUCCAGAUUAAACACACAAGUAUGUUAUGUCUACAACAUAUAUAGAGACUGUGGCCAUGGCACAUAUUAGAACACUCAACAAAGAACUGAUUCAUCAGGGUACUUACGGAUAUUGAAAAAAAUUCACAACUUAAACAUAAAAAAAACCACUUAUAGUAAUCACCAUGGAAUUCACCACAUGUAAUGAGGAGCAGGGUUGUUAACAUUCCACUUCAUAUAAUAAUAAUAAACAUUCUACAUGUUAUAACCACAGUAGCAGUACAUAUGAAGGUCGUUAUAAAGAUAGCACACACAGGGGUUUAUCCCUAAAUCAAUUAUCUAGUCUUUUAGAAAAUGCAACAUUCUAGAACUGGAGUCACAUGACAGAGCAAAUUAAGGGAGCUUAAGAGAUUUCAUAACUAUGUGUAAAUUUUCUUUUAAACAAUGUAUUAUGGCAUAAAAGGCAACUCGACUUUUUUUACUUAAUAUAAGAUGGAUCUUAACUGUAUUGUUAUUGUCUACAGUCCUUCAGUUUAUCUUUUUAGAGUAAUUGUACCAUAUUUUGUAUAUCCGGUCUUUUUGUUUCAUAGAAAGAGAUAGACUUUAUCUUUACAAAAGAGAAUAGCCAUAUCAGUUAAUUUUGUAAUUUUUGUUUAUGUUCCAUUUUGUAAAUGGAUUGAAACAUGUAAGAUGAAGAUUAUUUGUACUUUAGAAAAAAAAUUAUGUAUAAUGUAGGAUAUUUCUACUUAAGAAAAUUUAAAAUUUUUUAUAAAUGGAACAAAAAAGCCAGUAUUUUACCAAAAUAAGGUAUGUUGAACAUCAUUAACACCAAUGUUUUUGUAUGGCAUAAAAUUGUUUAAACUGAAUUAUAUAUUCUGUGGCCAAUUACAAGUAGGAUUAGUUUUGUAAAAUGCUGUCAAACCUAGUCAUUUUCUUGUUUGUGACAUAAAUUAGAUGGAAACCACAUUUUACGUGUAGUUAAUUAUAGCAUUGGGAAUGGAAAAAGCAAGUAUUGUUAAGUUUGUAUGAGACUUAUAAUAACGAGUGGGUCAGCCUUUAUAUUUCUACUUUAAAAGUAUAAAUUUGCACCUUUCUGCUGUUUUUUUUUUUUUUUAAAUUGAAGAAUUGUACUUGAUUGAAAGUUUAUCAUGCUGUUUGAUACAUCAAAAUGAUCUUUUUAUUUCCUUAUUAACUUGCAUAUAUUUUUAAUUUCAUUUACUUACAACCAAUUGGUGUCAUUUUCUAGCUUGUAGUGUAGUUCUCAUUUUAACGUGUCAAAAUAUUAAGCAUUUUGUGCGUCACUCUGUUGCUGCUGUGAAAGGUUCUUUUUCCAUCAUUUAAUGCUUGAAUUUACACUUCACUAACAAACAUUUUGUUGCAUUUUUGAAAUGCAAAAGUUACUGAAGUGCCAAUAACUUUAAAAAAUUUAUUCUAAAUGUAAUUUUUUGCCAGUAUUUUGUAAUAUUUAGCUCUUGCAAGUUUUAUUUUAUUUUUGUAAGCUUACCAAUAAAAGCAUUUUUUAAGGGACUUGUUUGUUGAUGCAAUAGUGUUGUUAGUAAUGCAAAUGUCCUCAUAAAAAAAAGUCCCUUAAAAACGAGCCUGUCAUCACAGGACUGAACUACAACAUCAGUACAAUAAUUAUAUAAGUAAAAUUAAUAUUUCAAUUAUUCAAUAAUCUUAUCAGUAAAAUUAGUCCAAUAAUUGC